GGGGCGGGACGCCGCCCCGCCGCGGGUCGGGCCCUGUGUCAGCAGCCGAGCGGGCGCUCGGGCGGGACAUGGCAGGCUGUGUGGCCCGACGGGCCCUGGCCGUGGGCAGCCGCUGGUGGUCUCGAUCGCUAGCCACGGCCCGAGGGUCGAGGCCGCUGUGUGCGGUCGGUGGAGCAGGGGCCCUUCCGCCGGUGGCCUCAGCGACGACGCGAAGGCAUCUGUCGUCCCGAAACCGUGCAGAGGGCAAGGUGUUGGAGACAGUUGGUGUGUUUGAGGUGCCAAAACAGAACGGAAAAUAUGAGACUGGGCAGCUGUUCCUUCAUAGCGUUUUUGGCUACCGAGGGGUUGUCCUGUUUCCCUGGCAGGCCAGACUGUAUGACCGGGAUGUGGCUUCUGCAGCUCCAGAAAAAGCAGAGAACCCUGCUGGCCAUGGCUCUAAGGAGGUGAAAGGCAAGACGCACACUUACUAUCAGGUGCUGAUUGACGCCCGCGACUGCCCACAUAUAUCUCAGAGAUCUCAGACAGAAGCUGUGACCUUCUUGGCUAACCACGAUGACAGCCGGGCCCUCUAUGCCAUCCCAGGCUUGGACUAUGUCAGCCAUGAAGACAUCCUCCCCUAUACCUCCACGGAUCAGGUUCCCAUCCAACACGAGCUCUUUGAAAGAUUUCUUCUCUAUGACCAGACAAAAGCACCCCCUUUUGUGGCUCGAGAAACACUGCGGGCCUGGCAAGAGAAGAAUCACCCCUGGCUAGAGCUCUCUGAUGUGCACCGGGAAACAACCGAGAACAUCCGUGUCACCGUCAUCCCUUUCUAUAUGGGCAUGAGGGAAGCCCAGAAUUCCCACGUCUAUUGGUGGCGCUACUGUAUACGCUUGGAGAACUUGGACAGUGACGUGGUACAGCUUCGGGAGCGGCACUGGCGGAUAUUCAGUCUCUCAGGCACCUUGGAGACAGUUCGAGGACGAGGGGUCGUGGGCAGGGAACCAGUGUUAUCCAAGGAGCAGCCUGCAUUCCAGUAUAGCAGCCAUGUCUCCCUGCAAGCUUCCAGUGGGCACAUGUGGGGCACAUUUCGUUUUGAGAGACCUGAUGGCUCCCACUUUGAUGUCCGGAUCCCACCCUUCUCCUUGGAAAGCAAUAAAGAUGAGAAGACACCACCCUCAGGCCUUCACUGGUAGGCCAGCUGAGGUCCUUGAGUGCUCAGGUUGGGCCCUCAGAAUAGCUCUUAACCCAUAAUUGCUGCAGAACUCUAAAUCUCCCUAUUAGGGCCAAGUGGGCCUCUUUUGGGAUUGUUUUUGGAGGGGAUUAUAACUUUUCUUGGAAGACCCACAUAAGACUCCUCCAAGGUUGGCCCCUGCCCAGGCCCUGCCUACAUCAUGUUCCAGCAAAACUGUCAGGGAACUAUGUUCAGUUGUCACAGGUUGUCUGGAAUGUGAGGUGUGGUCAAUAAACCAGUGCUCACUUGGCCAUGCUGGCCAUUUUAUCCCCAGGGUCUCAGGCUCCCUGUUGGCCCUCUGGGAACUCUUGGUUGCUUUCAAGUCUCUUCUAGGGAGCCUCUGCUAGUAUGACUUCCUCAGAGGCUGGGCAUCUCCUGGGGGCACUGGCUGACAGUGGGCUGUGCUAGACUAAGUUCUCAGUCUCUUCUUUACCCUCUGCCCAGUACAGAAGAGGCCAGGAGGCCAGCAUUUAGGGUUCGAGUAGCCUGACUGUAAACACUGAUUAGCCACCAGCACCUCUGGCUUCACAAGGCCUGGAGAAGGGUGAGGCAAAACCAAUCAGGUUUCUUGGAGCUGUGGGCUUCUGAGCUUUGAGCAAAAGUCCGUCAGGCAUCCAGACCACAAGUGCAGGAAUUCAGCCAAGAAGCAGCUUAAGUUAUGGACAGUGACCAAGCCAAGCCGCUUUCCGAGCUUCUGUCAGAUCAACGGGAGGCAGAACUGGGCUGCACUUUGCAGCAGUUCUCAGGAUUCCUUCACCCCUGUAGUGACUGUUAGAGGCCCUUCCAUUCUUGCAUUAAAUCAGUUCCAGUCCUCGCGAGUGUUGUUCUUACUCUUCCACCAGGGGGAGUGUGGGUUUGUAGGACAAAGGAGCAAUGAGUUUUGUGACCUCCCUAGAAUACAAGGUCAUGGAGGGAACGGUUACCAGAACUGAGCCUACAGCUGUGAGCUGGCCAGGCUCUAAUCACUGGAAACAUGACUCGGCACCAUUGCAGUGUAACACAAUUUUAUUAGUAGUGUUUACCUCUGUCACUUAGGGUAAGCAAUCAAGAAUUGCAGGUAUGCUGUAAAAGACACAUUCUCUCAUGGCGGAACCUGUGCUACUCUUGAGGCAGACCAGUCCCACCCACCCCAGUUCAGCAAAGCCAGUAGCUGCUUGGUGUUUGUUAACAGCUCCCAGUUUGACCUUCAUCCAUGCUUUGUAUUUACUCCUCCUGGGCUGCUUGUGAUGAAAAAUUCAUCCUGCCAAGACCUACUGUAGGACUAGGAGUGGGAAAUCUCACAAAGUCCAAGCAAAGAAGCUCAAUCACUUUGGUGUUAGUGUUUUCUUUAAACCAAGAUAUUUUCAGUAAAAGAUGAAUGCCCA